GAAUCAUUGACCCCAGUUUCCACUCCGUUAAUUUCCCUGUACCACACUUCGUCAACCAUUCCCUGCCCUUCCACUAGUAUAAAUAUCCCAACCUCUGCUUCGUGUUCUUUCCAGUCUCACUAACGCAUAUAUACUCUCUUUCUCUAAAUACACAAUCACAGACACAUACGUAUAUUGACGAAGAAGCCAACUACAACUCUCGAUUUGGUCUUCAUAGAAUCUGAGGUUUCCAAUCCUUCACUAUUAUUGCUGUUUGAUUCUAUCGUUCUAAGACAGACUAGUGAUUUCUAAACAGAAGUUUGCUGCCAGUAGUUGUUGUCCAAUUAAGAGCUAGGGUCUGCUUUUUUCUGAACCACCAAUAACACUAUUGAGAAUUAAUAUCGCAUAGAACAAGCUGAUGCUGACCAUAUAGCAUGGACUCGCACCAGUUUUUUCGUUAUGGUGUGACUGAAUCAGACAGAUCCUAUUCAUCUUCUUAUCCCACUGUUCCAUCAAUACCUACUAGUCUUUUUGAGUCCUUGAGAUUUGAUUUGAGUAACUCACCUAGCUCCUCUUUCGCAACUCAGUUUGAUUCUUGGACCCCUACUUCACUGAGUGACAGUCAGGAACAGCACAGCUCCACGGAGAAUUUCUCAGGAGUCAGCCCUUCCUGUAACUCUUCACUUGAAACUACCAGUUAUUUCCAACGGUUGGGCCCUUCUGUGGACUGCCACCGAGAAAGUCUUCUGCUUUCUUCUGGCGGGACUUCCUUUUCACAUAAUGCAGAUUGUGGUGAUCAGAACAUAAAAAACGCUUUGCAGGAGUUAGAGACUGCUCUAAUGGAGCCUGACGAUGAAGAAGAAGUAACAGCGCCAACUCGUUCUUUUGGGGAAAACAACCCCCUACAAACAUCAGGUCAAAGGUCUAGGGCCUGGAGCCAAGAACCACAGGGAUCACAUGUGAUUCAACCUCAGCCAACCAAUGUGGCGAGGUACGGUAAGUCUGUUGAUGGAUUUCAUAUCGAGAAGCGUCACAAAGCAAUGGAAGAUGCAUAUAUUCUGGGAUUCCCGCCGGGGAGUCUGAAGGAACUACUGGUUAAAUGCGCAAGAGCUCUCUUUGAAAAUCGACUUGAUGAUUUUGAGAAAUUGAUUGAAGUGGCUCGUGGUGAGGUGUCUAUUAGUGGAGAACCAAUUCAGCGCCUUGGUGCUUAUAUGGUAGAAGGGCUGGUAGCGAGGAAAGAGGAAUCAGGCACUAACAUUUACCGGACCCUGAGGUGUAGGGAGCCAGAAGGCAAGGACUUGCUUACAUACAUGCAAAUCUUGUAUGAAAUAUGCCCUUACUUGAAAUUUGGAUACAUGGCAGCAAAUGGGGCCAUUGCUGAAGCAUGCAAAAGUGAGGAGCGCAUCCACAUCAUAGACUUCCAAAUUGCUCAAGGGACCCAGUGGAUGACUCUCUUACAAGCUCUUGCAGCGAGGCCUAGUGGGGCUCCUCACGUUCGGAUCACAGGGAUUGAUGAUCCAGUUAAUCAAUAUGCCCGUGGAGACAGUUUGGAUGCAGUUGGAAGGAGGUUGGCAGCGAUUUCUGAGAGGUUCAAUAUCCCAGUUGAGUUUCAUCCAGUGCCAGUUUUUGCUCCAGAUGUCACAAAGGAAAUGCUUGAUGUAAGGCCUGGGGAGGCUCUGGCUCUGAAUUUCCCUCUUCAGCUUCAUCACACACCUGAUGAGAGUGUUGACGUGAACAACCCGAGGGAUGAACUAUUGAGGAUGGUGAAGUCACUUUCUCCCAAGGUUGUGACAUUGGUGGAGCAAGAGUCAAACACGAACACAACCCCUUUCAUCACUAGGUUCAUAGAAACUCUACAAUACUAUUCGGCAAUGUUCGAGUCAAUUGAUGUGACCAUGGCAAGAGACCGAAAAGAGCGGAUCAAUGUGGAACAACACUGUUUGGCUAGAGAUAUUGUGAACAUCAUAGCUUGUGAGGGCAAGGAGAGGGUGGAACGCCAUGAGCUCUUCGGCAAGUGGAAGUCCAGGUUUACGAUGGCAGGGUUCAGGCAAUGUCCUCUGAGCUCUUAUGUCAACUCCGUGAUAAGAAACUUGAUGAGGUUAUACUCGGAGCAUUAUACACUGGUGGAGAAGGAUGGAGCUAUGCUAUUGGGAUGGAAGGACAGAGACCUAAUCUCAGCAUCUGCUUGGAACUGAGCAUAAGAAACAAGGGAAACACACCGAUCCAGUUAGAAAUAGAAAUGACUAUAUUCUAGUUCAUAGGUUGCAACUGUGGCAUGGCCUGAUGAUACUGUAUUAUCAAGCGUUGGAUUGCUCAAUUGAUAUCUGCGUUUUUCGUGCCACCAAGGGCUUUCAUUUCAGUUAUGUUUGAGCUACCAUUUUCUUUGUUGUUGGAGUUGCAUUCAUGUACAGUGCAGGAUUAAUUUCUCAGUAUUAAUUUUUUAUCCCCCUUGAUAUGCAUUCAUUUGUAUAAUAUUAAAUUUAGUUUAGAGUGAAAUCCUGCAAUCAUUUCUUGUA